GCGGUGGCCGCGGGGCCGGAGCUGGGAGGGUGGGGCCGCUGGGCCGGGAGCCUGGAGCCAGGAGCCCGGAGCCGGGAGGGGGAGCGCUCGCCCGCCGCGUCGAGCCGCCGCCCGAGCGCCCGCGACUCCGCAGCCGCCCGCGACUCGGGAUAAAGAACGGCCGGGACCUGCGCGCUCGCCCAGCCGAGGCUCCAGCGGCGCAGCCGCGCUCCAGGUUCGUGAGUGGAGCCCAGCCUUAUAUGGACUGAUCGCUCGGGCAAUGGCCCAUUUUUUCCUCGCCACCAGCCGCCACCGCGCGCCGAGCGGCCGCCGGAGCCCGAGCUGACGCCGCCUUGGCACCCCUCCUGGAGUUAGAAACUAAGGCCGGGGCCCGCGGCGCUCCGCGCGCAGGCCGCCCGGCUCCCUGCGUCCAUUUCCGCGUGCUUUCAAAGAAGACAGAGAGGCACUGUGUUGGGCUUCAUUUUUUUCCUCCCCAUCCCCAGUUUCUUUCUCUUUUUAAAAAUAAUAAUUAUCCCAAUAAUUAAAGCCAAUUUCCCCCUCCCCUCCCCCAGUCCCUCCCCCCAACUCCCCCCUCCCCCGCCCGCCGGGGCAGAGGAGCGCCACGAAUUGACCAAGUGAAGCUACAACUUUGCGACAUAAAUUUUGGGGUCUCGAACCAUGUCGCUGACCAACACAAAGACGGGGUUUUCGGUCAAGGACAUCUUAGACCUGCCGGACACCAACGAUGAGGAGGACUCUGUGGCCGAAGGGCCGGAGGAAGAGAACGAGGGGCCCGAGCCAGCCAAGAGGGCCGGGCCGCUGGGGCAGGGCGCCCUGGACGCGGUGCAGAGCCUGCCCCUGAAGAACCCCUUCUACGACAGCAGCGACAACCCGUACACGCGCUGGCUGGCCAGCACCGAGGGCCUUCAGUACUCCCUGCACGGUCUGGCUGCGGGCGCGCCCCCUCAGGACUCAAGCUCCAAGUCCCCGGAGCCCUCGGCUGACGAGUCACCGGACAAUGACAAGGAGACCCCAGGCGGCGGGGGGGACGCUGGCAAGAAGCGGAAGCGGCGGGUGCUUUUCUCCAAGGCGCAGACCUACGAGCUGGAGCGGCGGUUUCGGCAGCAGCGGUACCUGUCGGCGCCCGAGCGCGAGCACCUGGCUAGCCUCAUCCGCCUCACGCCCACGCAGGUCAAGAUCUGGUUCCAGAACCACCGCUACAAGAUGAAGCGCGCCCGGGCCGAGAAAGGGCCUGGAUCACAGUUCCUCAAGCUUUGGGAUACAAACGAAUCAUCUGGGAUUUGGAUAAAAUGCAGAUUCACAUGCAGCCCUGGCAUUCUGCAUUUCUUAUUUCUUUUUUUUUUUUUUCCGAGACGGAGUCUUUCUCUGUCCCCCAGGCUGGAGUGCAGUGGCGCGAUCUCGGCUCACUGCAAGCUCCGCUUCCCGGGUUCACGCCAUUCUCCUGCCUCAGCCUCCCGAGUAGCUGGGACUACAGGCGCCCGCCACCGCGCCCGGCUAAUUUUUUGUACUUUUAGUAGAGACGGGGUUUCACCGUGUUAGCCAGGAUGGUCUCGAUCUCCUGACCUCGUGAUCCGCCCGCCUCGGCCUCCCAAAGUGCUGGGAUUACAGGCUUGAGCCACCGCGCCCGGCAGCAUUCUGCAUUUCUCAUGAGCUCCAGGGAGACGCUGGCGCUGCUGGGGCAGGACCACACUUUGGGUGGCAAGGGCUUGGCAGGCAAUUCCAGGUGUCACCCUAGAGAUGGCCUGCUAUUGCACUGUCGGUAGGUAGCUGCCACAGUGACGGCCGCUCCAGAGCAAGGGGAGAACCUUUUGAAAAGGGUCCUUGAAUCAUUUGGGAAAUAAAUCAAACCAUAUGAGUAAAAAGUAAUCAAAAAAUAUGUUGAAUAUUGGAACCGGAGGAAAUCUUAGCAUCAUUUUGUAAUGACUCCCUCCAUGCAUUUUCCAGAUGAGGAAACUGACAAAUCCAGGUGGCCUGUGGCUGAAGAGUGAGACAGUCAGCGAGGUCUCCCUGCUGCACUCCCAUGCACUUCCACAGUGAAACCCUGCUGAGAGACACAGGAAAUGUUGAACAUAGUAUCUUUAAAAUUAAGACCAUGACUGCCCUAAACAUUUACAAAGCACAAACCAUGAGAAAAAAGCCUGUACCAGAAAUCAGAAGAUGGCUUUUGUCCACGUGCAACCUUGGACAAGUUAGUUACUUAUCACUGCUCUCUGAGCCUGUUUCCCCACUGGUUACCAAAAAAAUAGAAAAGGAUAUGCCUGUCCUUCCUAAUUCGCAGGGCAUCGCAGGGAGGUAGGUAGUUAAUAUGCUGAACCACUUCAAAACGGUGGAGCUGAACUCACAGUAGGAACCCUGUCACACACACCUUUCCAUGACAAGGAUAUUGGUGGGGUGAGGGAGGUGGGGAGAGGCAUGAGGAUGGGAGACAAAGGGGUGGGGUGGGGGGCGGGGGAAGAAGGAAGCCAGAAGGACAGGCCCAGGCUAGGCUCUGAAGUCAGCAGGUGAGCGAGGUAGAGAACUAGCAGCACACUGUCCGUGGAUAUUUGCGGUGAUGGAAAUGUACUGUAUCCAUGCUCUCCAGUAUGGCAGCCACUAGCCACGUGUGGCUAUCAAGCACUGGAAAUGUAACUAGUGUGACUGAGGAACUGAUCUUUAAUUUUUCUUUAAUUGUUAUUAAUUUCCAUUUAAAUAGCCACAUGUGGCCAGUGGCUUAUGUAGCAAAGAUCUAGAUCAUUUGUUUGAAGCAGUAAAAAGAGAUGUGAAUCUGCUCUUCUUACCUCCUAUAACAUGCUAAUUAACACCACUGCAAUUAACCACCAUUCACAGCUCUUCAGCUGCUCUGUGGAACCUCAGCCCAUUCUGAAAUGAACAGCCGCAGUGGCAGGGGUUACAGAAUGGGCUGGGAGUGGCAAUGCAGAUUCAUCUCUUCACACACUCUUUAUGCCCUCAAUCAAAAAUGCCUCAGGCUGUGUAAAAUUCCAUAAAUAAUAAAGAGAUUUUAAAAAUA